GUUCUGUGAGCAGAUAAAAAGUACAUAUACAGUUCAUACAAUAAUCUUAUGUAUGUAAAACCCUGUUACGAUGUCGGCGACGGGGCCCAUCAGUAACUAUUACGUGGACUCGCUCAUCUCUCACGACAAUGAAGACCUCCUAGCGUCCAGGUUUCCGGCCACAGGGGCUCACCCCGCCGCCGCCAGACCCAGCGGUUUGGUGCCGGACUGUAGCGAUUUUCCGUCCUGUAGCUUCGCGCCCAAGCCGGCAGUGUUCAGCACGUCGUGGGCGCCCGUGCCCUCGCAGUCGUCCGUGGUCUACCACCCGUACGGCCCCCAGCCCCACCUCGGCGCCGACACGCGCUACAUGCGGACUUGGCUCGAGCCGCUGUCCGGCGCCGUCUCCUUCCCCAGCUUCCCGGCCGGGGGCCGUCACUACGCCCUCAAGCCGGACGCCUACCCCGGGCGCCGCGCCGACUGCGGCCCGGGCGACGGCCGCAGCUACCCGGACUACAUGUACGGCUCGCCCGGGGAGCUGCGCGACCGCGCCCCGCAGACCCUGCCCUCGCCCGAGGCGGACGCCCUCGCCGGCAGCAAGCACAAAGAGGAGAAGGCCGACCUGGACCCCAGCAACCCCGUGGCCAACUGGAUUCACGCCCGUUCCACGAGGAAGAAGCGCUGCCCGUACACCAAGUACCAGACGCUGGAACUGGAGAAGGAGUUUCUCUUCAAUAUGUAUUUAACCAGGGACCGUCGGUACGAGGUGGCCCGGGUUCUCAACCUUACCGAGCGGCAGGUCAAAAUCUGGUUUCAGAAUCGGAGGAUGAAGAUGAAAAAGAUGAAUAAAGAGAAAACCGACAAGGAGCAAUCCUAAACCCUGCCCCAGCCUGCUGCCUUGCACAGCCAAGGGAAAAACAAAACAAAACAAAAAACCCACAAAAUACCCCAGCCCAGGCGGGAGACAGCACUGAAAGAAAAAAGGAAAGAGCAAGAUAGAGAAAAGCCAAUCGGUUUAAAAAGGAAAAAAAAAAAAAAGGGAAGGGAAAAAGGAAAACUCUUGCUAUUUGGGAGGGUUCAGUGUUGAGAAAUUGGUGUUUUAGAGUUAGUUCUACCCAGCGAGGAGGAGGAGGAGGCGGGGAGAGAAACCGCGUUCUCUUCUCCCAGCGCAACUGAAAUAAAUGACACACACAAAUGUGAUUUUUUUUUCUCCUUUCUUCAGAGAAGCCAGUACUUGAAUCGCUAUAUUUCUAUUUUUUUUCAUGUAUUGUAUUUGGUCUGGGCCAUCGUUCCCCAGGCCUGGGGUGCUCUGUGUGCAGAUUUUGUACAAACACACACACGCGCACACACACAACAUACACAAGUAUGCUUCCCAGCCCAGGAGCUAAAAGGCGAGGGCCGGGGACCAUGCCGCAGGCUGGGUCCAGCGGCACAGGCCGGCGCCUCUGGAGUGUACAUAGCAGUCUCCUCUCAUCCUCAGAGUCGGUCCUGUAACGUGCUUCUGUUUGUUAUGGUAGAACAGCUCUGUGUUAAUAUAUCGAAGUCAUUUAAAAAACCAGAAA